GCGAGGAGGCUGUCAGUGAGCGAGCGAGCGAGCGAGCGAGGGAAAGAAUCAGGCAUCGGCGGGGAGCUGCAGCGGAGGGGAAGGUAGCCGCCGCCAUGGACGUGCACGGCGACUGUGCCGAGCUCAGCGCGGUGGGCGAUCAGCCGCCGCCAUCGGGCAAGCUCAACAAAACCGCCUUCAAAUUGUUCAAGCGCAGGAAGUCCGGCGGCGCCAUGCCGAGCAUCUUCGGCGUGAGGAGCAGCGGUGGCGGCAAAGGCAAAGGCGGAGAAGCGGGCGGAGGGCAGCCGGGCAUGGUGAGGAGCAAGACCCACGACGGGCUGGCCGAGGUGGUGCUCGAGAGCGGCAAGAAGGAGGAACCGGGAGGCGGCGGCGGCGGCGGAGGGGACGACCAGUUCGUUGGCGGCGGCGGAGCCAACAAGGAUUAUUCCCCCUGCUCGGCGGCGAGCAAGUCCCACCGCUUCUUCUCUCUGCUGCGCAAAAACGGCCGCUCGGGCGAAGGCGGCAAAGGGGAGAGACCCAAAGGGCGCGGGGGGCUCAAGGGGCUCUUCAACAGCAUGAGGUGGCACCGCAGGGACAAGCCCAGCAAAGAGGACGAGGCCGGAGACGGCGCCGAGGGACAGGCCAGCCACCUCAGGCCCGGCUCCCUCACGGCCAGCCUGGAGUGCAUCAAAGAGGAGGCGCCACGACCCCCGGCGGCGGCUGCAGCAGCCCCCCAGACCCCCUCAGGGGAGGCCAGUGGGGACCAGAUGCUGCUGCUGGCCCACCUGAGCGCUGAGGCUGUGCCUACCCAAGAGCAGCAGGACGUUGGUGCCAGGGAGCCCACCCCACGUACCCCACCACCACCGGGAACUGAACCCCCCAGGAUCCAGCCCCCAGCGCAGGAAAGCUGCCCCGAGCCACCCCCCAGCGAUGGCGAUGGCCCAGGGACCCAGGAGGACGGCGCCAUAACAGGUGACAUCCCCAUCGAGCCUUCCCCCCCUGUUGAACCCGAGUGUGAACGCAGCCAAGAGGCGGCGGCGGCAGCCCCUGACCCUUCCUCUCUUGAUCCACCCUCUGAGCCGUCCAUUGACCGUAUUUGUUUGAUGUUUGCUGACGUGACUUCACUGAAAAGCUUUGACUCUCUUACAGGCUGUGGGGACAUUAUUGCCGACCAGGAGGAGGACGUGGGCAGCGGCGGUGGCGGUGGCACAGGUGGAAGCGACAAGAGCGCCCCUGGGGUUGGCAAAGCGGGGGCUUCCAAAAAGCCCCCCAGCGUGGUGACCUAUCAAGGAGGAGGAGAAGAGAUGGCCAGCCCCGAACAGGUGGGGGACACGUGCGCCCCAGAGUUCUGGGAUGUGUUGUCGCAAGCGGAGAAGCCACAGGAGACCCCGGGGGAAGGGAAAGAAUCCCUCGAGGGCUCCAAAGGUGGCGGUUGUACCAAAAAAGUUCAGGAUGCAUCGACAACUGGGAAGCACACUGGUUUCAACCAGAUUCCGGUUCACCACAGCCACAAGAAUGACCAGAAGUGUAGGGAAAAGGAGCCACAGGAAGCCAUCCCCAGCAGCGAUGAAGGCUAUUGGGAUUCCACAACACCUGGGCCAGAGGAGGACAAUGCCAACAGUAUCCAGAAAGAGGUAAUUCCCAGGGACAGCUACAGUGGGGAUGCUCUCUAUGAUCUGUAUGCUGAUCCAGAUGAAAACACAGCCACAGUUACUUCUGCAGAAGACGUCACCUCUGUGUCUUGUUGCAAGCCACUGUCUCCAGUAACAACAACAUGUCCAGUCAAAACCCAUACAACUUCACUCAAGGACUCCAAGAUACCCAUCAGUAUCAAGCAUUUUACAUCGCCACAUGGCAGUCAUGGCCCAGAUACCAGUAAUAGCCAUCACCUUGCACACCACCAGCCUACCAAAAGUGAGAUCCCUAGAACAAAAAUCCCAGUUUCUAAAGUGCUUGUACACCGGGCAAGUUACCGGAGCCUAGCAGGGACAACAGGUAAAACAGCCACAUAUCAUGAAAGUGCCAAAAAAUAGAAGGAGAUAAAUAUGGGUGUGUCAGUCUUGCAGGAACCUGCUAAUAAGCAGUUUGGCAUCAUCUAAAGGAAGAUACCUACAUGUGCCCUUUCUGUGAACAAAAGGGAUGUGUGCUUCUAAAGUCCAUCUUGAUAUAUAGUAUAUAUAUAUAUAUAAAGUUAGAUUCUUUUUGA